AUGGAUUCGCAUCCUGACGAGCGUCCUGCGAAGCGCUUUAAGCACCAAUCGUACAAGGCUUCUUUAAAGGAGGUCCAUCUCCCCUCCGCACUCACGCAAACAAAAUUCGACCACGACCUCGCGGACAAUGAUUCUCACUUCCACGAAGCUCUCUUGCACUGGCAAGAACUCAACCUUGCGCCGGCGUUCCUCGAAUUCGCCCGACAUGCCGACCCUCUCUCGGCGUCGAUGCCUCUGUUGCUGCACAAUUGGAGAGAGAUCGUAGAGCUAUGGCUGGGAGCGUUGGAGAAAAGUAACGAUGAAGGGUUGAAGGCGAUACUCGACCUGUUCCAAAAGCUUGCGCAUGACCUACGGGCAACGCUCGCCCCCGAAUAUCCUCGUGUUCUUAGGCGGCUCCUCAAGCUACUACCGCGCUCGCUCUCGGCUGAGGCUUUGACGGCUCUCUUAGCGACCUUUUCGGCCCUCUUCAAAUACGUCCUUGUACCUUCGGUGGAUUCUCAGCUUUUGGAACAAGCUUGGGCUGCAUUCCACGAGGUCUUGCCGAAGUGCCAUCCUGAGGUACAACGUGCAACUGCGGAAGUCUGGGGUGCUACUCUUCGUCGGCUGAAGGUCUCUCUGAGAGAGGACUGCGUCCGCAUCCUGGCCGCAAGCUCCGGGGAUGGACUGGGCGAUGCAUGCGCAUGGAUUUUCGUGACCGCUUGCAAGUCGGUCUCUCAAACCUUGCACACAGCGACGGCUAGUCUCAUCGCUCCCCUCAUCCGAUUUCACUUGACUAGUGACGCUCCGGAAACCUCAUUCACCCUCGUACGACGUGUCCUGACUGCGCUCAUCCAUCAUUGCAAGGGUCCAGAGCAGUUCUCUCCCAUCUCCGACGCUAUAGUUGCUCAGUAUCUGGAUAUCGUCAAGGGCGACGACGAGGAACAGAUCUCCCGGGUUGUGAAUGUCGUCAGCGUAGUCUGCUCUGUCCGACAAGGCUCGCGGAUGACUCAUAAGCAACUCUCAGCUCUGCUAGCGGAAUAUCUUUCUCUGCCGAUGACGGACUCAAUGCAUGCCUCACUAGUCAGGUUCGCGAUCAGUGCGUUGACAGCGGGUGAGAUGGCGUUAUGGAUGGCACACGGACGUAAGGUCCUCGAGCGGUCCUGGGAGCGCCCCGUUCUCGGCAUGGAGCUCACCGGCGCACUCUCUGAUCUCUCCUGGGGUGGAUGGAAGAUGCUCGCUGCCUCACACGUCUCCGGCGACACGCACAAGCUGCUGGAGACGCAUCCUGCGGAGACGCUUGAGCUCCUCGCUGCUCUUCACAAGCAGAGGCGGCUGAACGACAUGGACAUCGUAUGGAAACAGCGGUUCCAGGCAUGGGUCGAGGCGACAUUUGCGUCGUGGGAGCACACGAACCGGAAUGUGCGAAUGCUGGAGCACGUCCUCGAGUUGUCCAGCUUGCUUCCCUCGGCCUCAAAAUUCCUGGUGCAUAUAGUCGACCAGACGCUCAACAGCCAGGAUCCACGGGCUGAGUACGAGAGCACGUACGCGAACUCAGCGUGGGUAAUCGGUGCUUGUACACAAGUUCUUUCCGAACGACCCGUUACAGAGUGGGCGGAUGCAGUGGAGAUCACCGCUUGGACGAGCAAGAUUGUGCAAAAGUGGGGGUGGUCGAGUAGGGCGCUUGAAGGUUUGGCUCCGCUUGUACGCUCGAGGUGA